CCUCAAACAAAGCAUGUUCUUUUACAGCUUUCCCAGGUCAUAACAAGUUCCCCAGCUUGAUCAGGUUCAUCGUUUUCUAUCUGUGGUAAAGUUCACUAAGCAAUGGCAACAUAUCCCUUGACAAACUGGAAGACUGGCCUCUUUGACUGCUGUGACGACAUAAACUCUUGCUGCUAUGGUUUCUGGUGCUGCCCUUGCCUUGCCUGCACAGUUUCAGGAAAGUUUGGAGAGAACCGUUGUCUCCCAUUAUGUGACAUAUGCAGCCCUGCCAUAACAUCAGCCUUUGGGUUACCUUGCUGUGCGCCCCCUGCUGCCUUGACUCUGAGGGUUGGCAUUCGGCACAGAUAUGGUAUCGAGGGUACUCUCUGUAAGGACAUCACAACUUCCUGUUUCUGUAUGUGGUGCUCCUGGUGCCAGAUGCAUCGUGAGUUAAAAGAUCGCAAGAAAAACUCCCCUGUCGUCAUCAACAUCCAGCCCCAGUGAUGAUGGCUCCUGUGAACCCAGCCCAUGGGGGCUUUGUGGGCCAGUCCGGUGUUGUCGUGGCUUUAUACUGAGCUUUGCGGCUUC